GGGAAAUGUUGCAAGAGCAGUCGGAUCUAUCUCUCAUUAUUGCUCAAAUAGUCCAAAAGCUCAAGGGCUCCAAUCUGUACGCUCAGUUGGAACGGCAGGCCUGGGUCUGGAUAUAAGGAAUGUGUAGAGCAAACACACUCAUUGAAAACGUGUUUCCGAAGUACUAUGCGAUAGGUACUGUGCUGGAUCCUGGGGUACAGAGAUGAAAGACACUUGUCCUCAAGAAGCCUAUAGUCUAGUGGAGUGGUUCUUAAGGCCAGUCUUCAGAGACCCGAGAUUAAACUUGAAUCACUAAAAGAAGACAUUAAGGAAUUCUUUAAAACUUCAGGUUGGGAAAAGAAACUUCAGAAUGCUGUUUAUAGUGAACUGACUGUGUGAGUUUUUCAUACCUAUUUUGAGAUACUGUCAUGUUAGCUAUACUAACUUUGUUUCCUUUACCUAGUCAUCCUGCUGCACCUCCUGAACAUCUUAAAGAACCUUUGGUAUACAUGAGAAAAGCACAGGGAAGUUGGGAAAAAAGAAUUUUGAAGAGUCUAAAUAGUAUGUGCACUGAACUGAGUAUUCCAUUGGCACGAAAGAGGCCAGUUGGAGAACAGAAAGAACUCCUCAAUAAAUGGAAUGAAAUGGGAACUGAUGAACCAGAUUUAAGCCUUUUCAGACCUGUUUAUGCGCCUAAGGAUUUUCUUGAGGUAUUAAUUAAUCUUCGCAACCCAAAUUAUGAAAAUGGUGAUUCUCUUAGUUUCAGGACUCAUUUGGGUUUAAUCCAAGUUCCUCUGAAAGUAAAAGACAUCCCUGAAUUGAAAGAAUUUUUUGUGGAACUUGGCUUAACUACAGGACAACUGGGUAUAGAUGAUUCUACACAAGUGCCUCCUGAACUUUUUGAAAAUGAGCAUGUACGUAUUGGGCAUAAAGUUCUAGCAGAACAAGAUAGUGCUGCUGCUCAACAGUACAUCAGACAAGGAAGCCCCACAGCAUUGCGAGCAGAAUUAUGGGCCCUCAUUUUGAAUAUUUCCGGUCAACCCGAGGAUGUCUUGUAUUAUGAGCAGCUUAAGACUAAUGUGAUACAACAUGACCUUUUGGUGGACAGUCUAAUUUAUAAAGAUGUGAAGUUGACAGCAAGCAAUGAUGAUUAUUAUUUUGUAUUUGAAGAUUAUCUAUACCAGGUUUUACUUUGUUUUUCCCGGGAUACAUCUGUGUUGGGUCACUUUGCGUACAACAGUGCUUCACCACCGAAAUCAUACAUAAGAGGAAAACUAGGAAUAGAAGAAUAUGCUGUCUUUUAUCCACCAAAUGGUGUAAUCCCUUUUCAUGGAUUUUCAAUGUAUGUUGCACCACUUUGUUUUCUAUACCAUGAACCGUCCAAACUGUAUCAGAUAUUCCGUGAGAUGUACGUGCGUUUUUUCUUCAGACUUCACUCCAUCUCUUCUCAUCCUUCUGGUAUUGUGUCACUCUGUUUGCUGUUUGAAACUCUUCUUCAAACUUAUCUCCCCCAACUUUUUUAUCAUCUACGAGAAAUUGGGGCUCAACCACUUCGCAUAUCAUUUAAAUGGAUGGUUCGAGCUUUCUCCGGAUACUUAGCUACAGAUCAACUCUUGCUUUUGUGGGAUAGAAUUCUAGGAUACAACUCUCUGGAAAUUCUUGCUGUCCUGGCAGCUGCUGUGUUUGCUUUCCGAGCAGUAAACCUGAUGGAGGUGACAUCUCUGGCUGCAGCCGAAGCAGUUCUUGCUGACCUUUCUACUUUAAAAGUUAUGCCUCUUCUUCAAAUAUUUUUGUUUGCUACUGUCACCUGAUCUUCUUCAAGGUCACUGACAACAUAUUUAGUUUUUCAUUAGAAAUUAAUCAUGAACUAUGCAAACUCUGCAUAAAACCAAAAUUAAACUUCGUAUAUAAGCCAAUAAAGAUCAUGUUCCCUCCUCAGUUGAACCUAACUAGUUUUUCACUUUUUAAAACAAUAACUCUGCACACCAAAUAUUGCACUGCAUGCUGCUGAUUUCCAAGAGAGAAGCAAUAGACAUAACUUCUGCUAAAGUGAGCAUACUAUAUAUAUAUAAUCCUGACUUGUAAAAAGCAUGUAAUAAUAUAUGCAAUAAGAACUAAAGAUACUGUAAUAAACUUGAAGAGGUUAAUGUAGCCACUGGGACAAUUCUCUUAUGUCAGUUUGUAAAUUUAUCUCUGAUGUACUGUUUUGUCUUACAAAUUGCUCUUCACUCAGAGCCAGGGGUGGGGUAGGAUGUGGGAAGACUUGAAGAAGAUCAUGCUUUUAAGUAGAAAUUCAAAUGUACUUUGGUGUUUUUAACAACUUUUCUCUCACCAGAGAUCUUCUAGAUCUCUCUCUACUUUAUUUCUCCCUUAAAGUUUUCUACUGGGGAAGGUCAAAUACAGUUAUGUCCAUCCGACAGUAUUUUAUUCAUUAUUUUUUGAAAAAAGAUACAAUUCUGGAGUGAUCUGUUCAAACUUCUUAGCCUUCCAUCUCUUGAUUAGAAGUCUUGACACUGCUAAGGCCUGUUGCCAAAUUCUGUUACUUUGGAAAUAUACAGAGAUGACACCUAAGGAUUUAGUGAAGGGAGUGAAAAAUAAAAACCAUAUCCACUUUU